AUGCUUAGAAAUAGUGGAAAGAGAUGGUGGGAUGGUUUGUUGGCGAUCAAGAAAGAAGCAUUGGAUAAUGUGGAGUGGCCCGAAUUCAAGGCCAUGUUUUUCAAAGAGUUUAGGUUGGAGGCCGAAGUUACCAAAUUGAGAAGUGAAUUUCUCAAUGACUCCCAAGGAAGUCUAAGCUUGAAUGAAUUUCGAGCUCAAUUCUUGGACAAUGCACAAUUUUGUCCAGAGUUUCUUGAGAACGAUCAAUUGCUAAAAGAGCAAUUCUAUUUAAAGUUGAGGAAGAGUUUAAGAGAGAAGAUAAGCCUACGUCAAAUGGAUUCUUUCUCCAUGUUGACGGAUGUGGCUAGAGAUCAUGAAAUUGAACAAUCAAGAGUAGAGGAAAGUGAAUUAAAGAGGAAACCCGAAGACACCAAUUCUCCGAAUAAGAGGUUCAAGCAAGAGGGUAGUUCCGGCAAUAACUCUACUAGGAAGAACAUACCAUUUUGCCGUCAAUGCAAGAGAAACCAUUCCGGAGUAUGUAAGGCAUCGGAAAAAGGUUGCUAUACGUGUGGGAAACCAGGACACACAAGCCGGGAAUGCAAGUCGAAACCACAUAAACCGGUUAUAUGCUUUAAGUGCUUUGAAGAGGGGCAUAUGAGAAGUUCAUGCCCUAAGUUGACGGAAGAAGAAAGACUUGAAGAAAGGAGGAGAGAGGCGGAAAGGAAGAAUGCUCAAGCCCAUGGGAAUCCACGUGGGAGAUCCUUUCAACUCACAAUGGAGCAGGCAAGGAACACUGAUGAUGUUGUUACAGUCAUGUCUAGAAAAUACUUUGCAAGUGGAGGUUGUAAUGGUAGGAUGGAAUUAGUGAAGGAUGUGUAUAGAGGGUGUGAGAUCAAAAUUUUGUCAGAACUUUUUCAAGCUAAUUUAAUCCCGGUCCCAAUGGGGGAGUUUGAUAUAAUCUUGGGCAUGGAUUGGUUGAGCUCUUGUAACGCCAAAAUCGCGUGUGAUGAGAAAGCGAUAUAUUUAACGACUUCUAAAGGUGAAGAUUUGGUGGUUUUUGGUGAUAGAAAGGAACGUUCUAUAUCCGUAUGUACUUUUGCUCGUGCCAAACGCUAUAUGUCUCAUGGAUGUCACGCUUAUCUUGCUCACAUCGUUGAUGUUGAAAAGAAACCUCUAUCCAUUGGAGACAUUCCUAUUGUUAAUGAAUUCGCCGAUGUUUUUCCCAAAGACUUGCCGGGCAUUCCUCCCGAACGGCAAGUUGAAUUCUCCAUUGAUCUUAUUUCGGGGGCUAACCCCAUUGCUAAAGCUCCUUACCAUUUGGCUCCAACGGAAAUGCAAGAGAUGAUGAAGCAAUUACAAGAAUAA